CUCUUGAUACGAGAUUCAUGGACAAUACCUGCGAGUCCAGGGUGAAACCAUGGAAGCAGUAGGCGGAACCGCUGCCAUCUUGCAGCUGAUCGAUGUGGUGCUCAAGACCACUGUCCAAGUCUAUAAGAUCUACCAAGAUUUCAGGGAUGCCAAGGACACCCACAAGCAAUUAGCGAGGGAAAUGAGCGACCUCGUUCGUGUCCUCCAUCAGCUACUUGAUGUAGUCCUCGACAGCGAUCCCGACGAACCGAAAUCCGGACAUGCUCACGCUUUGCGGGAAAUGUUAAAAGGAGAGGACAACAUUGUAUCGUGUUGCCAAAAAGAUGUCGCCAAGAUCUCCAGUCUGCUAGGAAAGGACCCCAAAAUAUCAUGGCCAAUUCGCAAAAGGAAGAUCGACCAAAUUCUCGCUAAUAUUGCAUCAACUAGGGCACAAGUAGUCCUCGCGGUUCAGACGCAGUCAAUGGCUAUUGUGUUGGAUAUCCGUCGCACGCUGGAUAGACACGAAUCAUUCAUGAGACAACAUGUUGAGUCUGAAUCGAGUAAGGCCAUUUUUGCUUGGCUGAAUCCGCCCGAUGUCUGGGAGAGCUUGAGAAAUGCUCUCCAAAAACGACAGCCAGGUACCGGCGAAUGGCUAAAGAAGACGCCCGAAUUCGAGUACUGGAGAGGGAACCCGGGUAGCCUUUGGUUGUCCGGCAUGCCGGGGGCCGGAAAGACCAUCAUGAGCUCGACCAUAGUGACGUCUUUGCUUAGCGAAGCUCAAACAUCUGCAUCUGCUGUUGUUUACUCGUACUUCGAUUUCUCAAACGAGUCGCAACAAGAAGCUCAGUCGUUUCUGCGAACAUGCAUCGCCCAACUCGCAGCAAAGAACCCUGCGGCUUAUGAGAUCCUUGUCGGCCUUCGUAAUCGAUGUUCGGAAGCCCAAGGUCAACAACCCGGACUUGGAGAGUUUCUCGAAGCAACAGUAGCCGCCCUGAGGUGCUUUAACCACGUGUUCAUUGUAGUCGAUGCGCUGGACGAAUGUUCGGAACGUAGAAAGUUGCUGAACAUAGUCAAAGAGCUUCAGUCCAUACGCAAUCUUCAUCUAGUCCUCCUGAGUCGCCCAGAACGAGAGAUCGAAAAUGCCCUGUCAUCUUCCGCGCAAGAGUUACCAUUGCGGGGCUUUGAGGUCGAUCAAGAUAUCGCAGCCUACGUCCAUGAGAGAAUCCAUAGCUCGGGGGAAAUGCGAGAAUGGACGGUGGAAGACAAGGCGAAAGUUGAGGCCCAGCUAAGUGAAAUGGCCGGUGGAAUGUGAGUUUACCUCUGCUUACUGACUAUGAAGAGCUACAACGCAGCUGACCCGAGACAAUAUGAAGGUUCCGCUGGGUACAAUGCCAGCUGGACUCUUUGGAGAAGUGCAUUGAUUCCAAUCAAGUUGACGAGACUCUGGCCUCUUUACCGUCUGACCUGCCGUCGACUUAUGAAAGAAUACUAGUCAAUCUGGAUAUCAAGUCAGCGGUACGAGUUC